ACUGUUUCUCUCUGUAGGUCGAAUCCGGAAUAUAUAUUCCAUUUGACAUUGAAACUGAUACAGCACUGACCGUGGCAACCGAAAUGGGUGCAGAGCUGGAUAUAACUGACCAGGAUGUCACGAAAAUAGCAGACAUGAUUGAUGGGGAGAUUGCGUCAUUGGUACGUGAAUGGAGGCCAGGGCCUGGAAUCGAGGAAACACCUCGUUUUGCGAAUCAAACCUUCUGUCACAACUGUGCUUCCAACCGAACUUCUAACGGUUCCCUAAUGGAUUUUCUGUCCAAUAAUCCAGGAACCAAGAACUUACAGCUCCUUCAAUGUUGUAGAAACGGAUGUGCUUCAAUGCAUGGCCGUUUUGAGGAGAUUACUUUCCAAGUUGAUGAAUCGGAGGAUCAUGUGGCAGAGAAUGCAAAAGCUUUGUCAAUCCAACCAGAUUGCUUGCCUUAUGAGGAAAUCUGGGAUCAGCAGGAAAGCCGGGAACUUAGUUCAGUGGACUCUGGACAGAACCAUUCUGACGAAGAAUAUGAAAAGUUGGAAAGAUCCGAAUUAGUUAAUGAUGAGAAAGAGAUACCAAUGCUGAGCAAAAUCAAAACCAAUUCAAGAGAUUCAAUCAGGCACUUGACAGGUUCGCGAUCAUUCUCAGCUGCUCCUUCAUUAUAUUGUGAUCCCUCGAACGAUCAUGAUAAUGAAGUCCAGCAUGAGUUGCGUUGGCUCAAAGCAAAGUAUCAGAUGGAACUGAGAGAACUGAAAGAUCAGCAACUAGGACUCGUGUCGAAAUCCUCAACUUGGAGCAAUAAUGAAAACAAGACAAGUUAUUACUCGGUGCCUGACACAUUGCAAGGAGGCAGUAAUGUGGAGCUUUUUGGUUCGAAAUGCCAGUGCAACGAGAAUAGUAGCUGCCCCGGUUCGGAAACCCUAAGGGUCCGAAAUUGUGAGGCGUUUCCGGAGUCUCCAAGAACAGAGUAUAUGGUUACUGCCAAGAGUUUCUUCACUGGGUCAUUGCUUCCAAACUCACUUCACAGAACAACAUCCCUCCCAGUUGAUGCUGUUGAUAUAUAAGUUUAUAUUAUAUUUAGGGAUCUCCUUGAUUCUUUUGAGCAUUCCUUACCUUUAUAGAGGCUGUAAAAUUAUCAGUUCCAACUCCUUUUUGAUAUGAGGCAAUAUCAGAAUCGUACUUCAAAUA